UCCGGCGACUUUUUCCGGCAAUUAUUCCAAGGAUGUCGAAUGAACCUAGACUCGACUUUCAAAUACUUGACUCAACGGGUUCGGAAUACCAUAGUUGGGUAACCGACGUUGAGAACCACCUCACUUCAAAGGGAAUAUUGCCCAUAAUUCAAGCUCCUGAUCCAGGCCUUGUGUUCCAACGAACACCUACAAAGCAUGCACAAGCUAUUAUCUUGAUGCGGCGCCAUAUGGAUAAAGCACUCAGAUUAGAGUACAUGUCAAUCAAAGAUGCAAGAGACCUAUGGGUAGCGCUAGAAGAGCGUUUUGGCAAUAUCCAAGAUACCCUCCUCCCUGACUUGAAGGUUCAGUGGAAUAAUAUACGCUUCUCCGACUUUAAGUCUGUUGCUGAAUAUAACUCGGAAGCUCUUCGCCUCAAAUCCAUGUUGAGGUUCUGUGGAAAGCCUCUCACAGAAGAAGAGCUAAUUGAGAAGACUCUCUCCACCAUUCCCGUCUCAGCAAUUGUGAUAUCAAAGCAAUAUCGCACCGAAGUCAAUGCUGGACGAAUUACAAGGUUUAAUGAGCUUAGUAAUCUUUUGUCGGUAGCUGAAAAGCACGACAACAUCCUUGUAAAGAAUUAUCAUUCAAGGCCCAUCGGAACCAAGAGCGUCCGUGAGGCAAAUUAUAAUGCACCCAAAAGAGGGCGCAAGCAGCAAUACCCUAAUAACAGGGGACAUGAAAGGCGUACGGGCCCAAAUAACCACUCCAAUAAAGAGAGAAACCGCAACUUUAAAGUGGACACACGUGGUGGCAACUCCACACGUGGUGGCUUCACACGUGGUGGCAACUCCACACGUGGGAGAGGUGGAUACGAUAACAAUAAGGGCCGUGGAGGUCGCAUCAUAAGACGUGGUAGUAGCAGUAACCCUCCUAGGGAAUAUCCACAACGUGGACAAACUGCACCUCCAAUGAAAGGAGGCAACCAUAAUGACGUGUGUCAUCGGGAGCAAGAAGCCAACCUUGCCGAAGAUGAAGAGAAUGAAGAUGUCAAUCUCACCAUAGAAGACUUCAAAGCUAAACAAGUGCACGAGGAUGCAGCAGACUUUGAUUAA